GCUUGGAUUGGAGCCAACUGUAGGCGCUUGUCGCAUUGCAAGGCAACGGCCCUCUGAGUCUUACAGCCAGCGUUUGUGUGUGUAUUUAAUUAUUUACGCUUACGCCAGUGCAAGGAUGAACCUGUGGUUGGUGGUUUUCUGUCUCAGUGUCCUGCACGUAAGCAGAAGCUGUUGCGCCGUACAGCAACGGUCAAAUGUAACGGACGUGAUUGGGAGCAACGAGCUGGAUGUGGUGCAGGCGGGAGCGCAACGCAGUGGAAGAUUUUUUCCCUUCUACACGAUUGGCCGUAUUGCGAACGUACCGUGCACGUCACCCUCGGGCCUAUCCGGAACCUGUCUGAUUGCGGGCGAGUGCAAGGACAACGGUGGCCUAGCGUCCGGUUCGUGCAGUUCCCGCACGAAUCAGGCCGUCUGCUGUGUGUAUACGAAAUCCUGCGGGGGCUCUACGAAUCUCAAUAGUACAUACUUUACAAACUCGGGCUUCCCGGGCCCGUACAAUGGUGGUGGAACCUGCACGUUUACGGUCAACCCUUCUAGCGGUAUUUGUCAACUUCGUAUCGACUUCCGUUCGCUAACGCUUUCCCAGCCGACGGGCGAUGGUUCGUGCACGACUGAUCGACUGACGAUCGUGGGUGGCAGCCCGGCCGUAGUGCCAAUCUGUGGUGAAAACACGGGCCAACAUCUGUACCUCAAUUUUGCCGGCAGCAGCCCUAUCUCGCUCCGCAUUGCCACCAACGGUGACGUGUCGUUCAAUCGGCUGUGGAACAUCGAGCUGUCACAGAUUGCGUGUGCCAGUGCGGAACGGGCACCGAAUGGGUGUUUGCAGUACUACACCGAUGAGACGGGUGAGAUCAGCAGUCUGAACUAUGGGCUGGGUGAGAAUCCGGCCCUCAACACGAUCGGUGCACGGGGCAGCCGGCAGUUGGCGAACACAAACUAUGGGAUCUGCAUACGACCCGCCGCGGCAAAGUGCUCUGUUAGCUAUUCUCUGCCUCCAAACGAUCGAUACGCCUUUACGCUAUCCGACAACGCGAUCGUGAUCGAUCCAACUCUGCUCGGUUCGGCCAUGCUGAGUGCGACCGGGGCGGCCUGUACGACGGAUUUCAUCAUUAUUCCGAACCCUACCGGCCUGACCGCGGAUCGGUUCUGUGGUCUUGGAUUUCCGGGCGUCACGUCAAGCGCCCGGCCGUUCGUCGUGUACACGGUAACCAAUGGGAAUGAGACGCCGGACGUAGCUAACCGAGGAUUCCGAUUACUGUACUCCCAGAAUGCUUGUAGUGCGGCGUAAGGCUGUUUAAAUUGAGAUACGUUUUUAAUACGGUUCAAGUUGAAGGAUUCAAGGUGCGCGAGCGAUGCCGGUUGAAGGACUGAUGGAAGCUGUUAUGGAAUGUGUUGAUAGAUGAUAAUUACUAAG